AGGCAACAUCAGCCCACCGUCUAGCGUCCUUGAAGCCUAACCCCAGAAUCCCAUUCUUCUCCAGUCCCUUCGUCGGCAGAGGAUCCUAGGUCGGCGGCGCCGCCACCGGCCACCGCUCGCUACCUCCGUCGCGGGCGCGGCAGAUCCUGCCGCCAGAUCGCCGUUCCCACUUCAUCUCGUUCGCGGCACGGCACUGCCGGCUUAUCUUGACUAUCUGGCUCGUCGGAAGGUCGCCGCCGCCGUGCCGUGCCGAUCUGCCGCGGCGGAAGGUCACCGCCGCCGCUUCCUCCUCGUAUCAGGUCUCACUCUGCUGCUCGAGAUGCGGACGGUGGCUAGCCUGACCGACGACCUCCUUGUCGAGAUCCUCUCCCGUCUCCCCGUCAAGUCGCUCCGCCGCUGCAUGUGCGUCUCCAGGACCUGGCAGGGCGUCAUCUCGCACCCGCAGAACCAAAGGCAGCUGCCGCAGACCCUCGAGGUUUCUUCUACAUGCCCGAGAGCAAGCCCGCGCCAGCUCCCUGUUUCACCGACGUCAUCGGGACAGUCCGCCCUCUGGUCUCUCCCCUCUCCGAUUUCCUGCCCCAACACCAGAGCAUCUUCCUGCUGUCCUGCUGCAACGGCCUCCUCCUCUGCCGCUGCUGGGAAGGCCAGGAUGACUUCCAUUACGUCGUGUGCAAUCUGGCGACGGAGGAGUGGGUCCGGUUGCCUGACUCCGUCAAUGCCGGCACCGACUGCAUGGCACGUCUGGCUUUUGACCCCGCCGUGUUGGAUCACUUCCAUGUGUUCGAGUUCUCCGAGGGUCAUGAAAUUCGCCAGGCCGGAAUGGAGGUAUAUUCCUCUAAAACAGGAGGAUGGGUUCAUAAGGAGAAUGGAUGGAUUGAUACGGAAGAUGAUGAAGCAUUUGUUUACCUUGUUGGUCAUCACUCUGGAGAUGUGUUUCUUAACGGCUGUCUGCAUUUUGUUGCCAUGGAUCCGGGUAUAGUAGCUGCGGUGGACACUGAGGGGAAAACAUGGAGGAACAUACCUGUCCCUGCUGUUGGCUCUAUUCCUCUCAUUCAGAAGUCUCAGGGUUGUUUGCAUUUCGCCACUUUUGUUAAAACAGAUGGUAUGGUUCUGUUGGUAGUUUUUGUUCUUGAGAACUACCGCGGUCAAGAAUGGAUAUUGAAGCAUAGCACCGAUGCUUCAUAUAUAUUUGGAGAGGGAGAGAUUGAUCUUAUACUGGGCUUUCAGUGGGUUGCAAUGCAUCCAGACUGUAACGUGAUCUUCUUAACUGUGGGCUGGGAUAAUACAUUGGUCUCUUAUGAUAUGGAUCAUCACAAAGUUCAAGAGAUCUGUGAUCUUGGAAGAGACGACAGCCCGCGAUAUCUGCCAUAUGUGCCAUUGUACUCAGAGUUACAAACUCUGCACUAGUGACAUAAAAAUCGAGGAGCCAGGUCUUGAGGAAAGUGCUUUUCUUCAUUAGGAGGUGGAGACCCUUGUACAAGGACUGGAUGAUACCUAAGACGGAAGAGUUGGCUACAGUACCCUUGAGGUUGGAUUCAGGGUGACAGCAUCAGUAAGGUUAUGGGGCGCUUGCGUGGUUACUGUUGGUAUGCUCCUGGGGACAAACACAUUUGCAUGUGAUAGUUAAUCUCUUGUUGGCAGAUAAAUAAGUCGUGAGGAGGAUGAUCGUAUGCAUGUUUCUUUCUUUUGUAUUUACAAUUUUCUUCACUUCACCGAAUCUGUCAAACAACAUGUUUUUUUCCCUUAAUAGUAUGUUAUCUGAUGGUGCAA